UGCGUAUUCAUUCUCGUAUCACUCGAUUUUGUACUCACUGCGAGAUGCUUCACAGUGGCAUGGGGCAGUUGUUAUCUUGCGUCAAUGACAUAGCAGACCUUGACCAUGUGGAGGAGUCUCCAGCAGCAUUGCAGCAAUGUCCCCAGGACGAUGUAGAAAAGCGCCGAGCAGCAUUGCAGAGGCAUCCCCCUGGCCAUUAUCGUCAUUUGACCAGUCUCGUCAACCUUGCCAACAGCCUUGCAGACAGGUUCGAGCGACUGGGUGCCCUGUCCGACCUUGAUGAGGCCAUCGAACUUCAUCGGGCUUCACUACUCCUCCACCCCCUUGGUUAUUCUGAUCGACCGACGAUUCUCAAUAAUCUUGCCAAUGGCCUUCGAGAUAGAUUCACACAGCGGGGCAUCCCGUCUGACAUUGACGAGGCCAUCGAGCACCAUCGGGCUGCACUACUCCUCUGUCCCCCCGGUCAUUCUCUUCGAUCCAGGUCUCUCAACAAUCUUGCAAUCAGUCUUCAAGAUAGGCCUGGUAAGCAGCGGGACAUCCUCUCUGACCUUGAUGAGGCCACCGAGCUCCUUCGGGAUGCGCUAGUCCUUUGUCCCCCUGGUCAUUCUCUUCGAUCAUCGACUCUCAACAAUCUUGCCAACAGCCUUAAAGCCAGAUCCAAGCAGCGGGGCAUCCCGGCUGACCUUGAUGAGGCCAUUGAACUUCUUCGAACUGCACUACUCCUCUGUCCCCCCGACCAUCCUCUUCGAUUAACGUCUCUUAACAAUCUUGCCCGCAGCCUUCGAGGCAGAUUCCAGCAGCGUGGCGUAUCGUCUGACCUUGAUGAGGCCAUCGAGCUCUAUCGGGCUGCACUACUCCUAUGUCCCCCCGGUCAUUCUCUUCGAUCGACAUCUCUCAACGAUCUUGCCAUCAGCCUUCGAGCCAGGUUCGAGCAGCGAGGCGUCGCCUCUGACCUUGAUGAGUCCAUUGAACUCCUACGGGUCGUACUACUCCUUGGUCCCGUCGGUCAUUCUGAUCGAUCCGGGUUCCUCAACAGUCUUGCCAACAGCCUUUAUGACAGAUUCAAGCAGCGGGGCAUCCUGUCUGACCUUGAUGAGGCCAUAGAGCUUCAUCAGGCUGCACUACUACUCUUUCCCCCCGGCCAUCCUGAUCGACCAGUGUCUCUCAACAAUCUUGGUCUCAGCAUUAAAGACAGAUUCAAGCAGCGGGGCGUCCCGUCUGACCUUGAUGAGGCUAUUGAGCUCCAUCAGGCUGCACUAUUCCUUUGUCCCCAUGGUCAUUUUAAUCGAUCAACGUCUCUCAACAAUCUUGCCAUGAGCCUUCGAGACAGAUUCAAUCAGCGGGGUAUCUCGUCUGACCUCGACAAGGCCAUCGAGCUCCAUCAGGCUGCACUCCUACAUCGUCCCCACGGUCAUCCUGAUCGAUCAGCAUCUCUCAACAAUCUUGCCAUGAGCCUUCGAGACAGAUUCAAGCAGCGGGGCACCUUAUCUGACCUAGAUGAAGCAUUUAGGCUGUUCUUGCAACUCUCCCACAUAUCUCAUGCAGUCUCUCGUAUGGAUCUUACUGCUGCCAAGUCAUGGGCUACAUCUGCUGAGGAGACGAACCACGACUCUGCAUUGCUGGCCUAUCAAACCGCAUUGAAAUUCCUAGAUCACCAUGUUGCUCUUUUAUCGUCUUCUCCACGCUAUUUCGAUGUUGUCAGGAUGGUCACUGCUGUGCUUGGCAUGGACGCUUUCUCGUGCGGUGUCCGUCGUGGCACCCUAGCAACUGCUGUGGAAUUGGUGGAGCAAGGCCGUGCGGUAUUCUGGACCCAGUCGGCACGGUUACGCGCACCACUCGAUGAACUUUCCCUGUUAGGUGACACCGGCGCAGCCUUGGAGAAAGAGUUCAAGCAGCUGAGCUUUCGCCUUCGCAGCGUGUUCGAUGAGUCUGGUGAAGACCAGUCCCCGGAAAUUCGACAACUGACCAUGCAGUGGAAUGAUGUCGUCUCCCGCAUUCGCAUGCUGCCUGACUUUUCUCGGUUUCUCCUGCCUCCGCUGUUUUCUGACCUCCAGAAAGCCGCUGAAGAAGGUCCGGUCAUCAUCGUCAAUGCUAGUCGGUACAGCUGUGAUGCCUUGAUUAUCUUGAGUAGCCAAGACCCUGUCCACGUUCCACUUGAUAUCGUGCAGACCGAGGUCUCCGAAUUGUCCUCCGAGUUUCAGUCCCUUUCAGAACAAUUCGGUUCUUCUAAUCAUCUACUCAAGCUUGCCAGCAUCCUCCGGAAGCUUUGGCGCGAGGUCGUAGACUCCGUGGUUCAAGCUCUUAAAGAGUCUAAAGUUCAGCCUGGCUCGCGUAUCUGGUGGUGUCCCACCGCUGAGUUUACGCUGCUUCCUCUACAUGCAGCAGGACCUUACGAGAAGAAGAAAGACAAUUUGUCUGACAUUUACAUCUCCUCUUACACCCCCACUUUGGCGACACUUAUUCGUGCGAGACAGCAGGUUUCUGGAGAUGCGUCCCCGCAACAUUUUGUUGCCAUUGGUCAAGCAAACCCAAAAGGGGCGAAGGCACUCGAAAAUGUCGCUCCCGAGUUAGCCGUAGUCGCUCAGCGUCUCGCCUCUGUCGUCUCGGUCACGUCGCUCGCAGACGGCGAUGCGACAGUCCAGGGUGCACUCGAUGCACUAAAUCAUAAUCAGUGGCUCCACCUGGCGUGCCACGGAAUGCCGAAUCGACAACAGCCAUUUGAGUCUUCCUUUGCCAUGCGCGAUGGGUUCUUAAUGAUCAAGGACAUCAUCCGAUCCAACUGGCAGAACCCGGAAUUUGCGUUCUUAUCGGCCUGCCACACUACCGUGGGCGAUGAGAAGAGUCCCGAUGAAUCGAUCCAUCUCGCUGCGGCGAUGCAAUUCUCCGGAUUUCGCAGUGUGAUCGGUUCUAUGUGGUCUGUGGACGACGAUGUCGCACGUCAGGUCGUGUCUACUUUUUAUGGCAACUUGGUUGAUGGUUCAGAGCGAUUGGACUGCACACGAGCCGCGGGAGCAUUGCACAAGGCUCUGAAAUCUUUGCGCAAGAAGAUUUCGCUAGAACAGCAGAUUGUAUUUGUUCACAUAGGUGUGUAGUUGGAGACUCGAUUUGCCAUAUAACUCUUUGCUGUAUUUCUAGUUGCUUUCAUAAUGUCCCUGGUUCGCGUGGUUUUGCGCGUGUGCACCUGAUAUGCUCAUAUUAUGUUUUGACACUACUCCGGUACUUGUACGUAUGGGCCCAAGGCUUGUUAAUAAAAUGGAUCUAAUUACAGCUGCUCGAUCGAAGAACCUCUCG